AUGGCCGGAAUCAAACGCAAAUCCGCGGGCGCAGGCGCGCCUGAAGUUAAAGACAAGAGCAAAAAGGUCAAGGUCGACAAGCCCACCACGAAGCGCGAGGCGAAGCACGACGUCAAGCCGGUUAAGAAGGCAAAGAAGGCCAAGGAAGAGAGCUCUGACAUCGAGGAGUCCGAUACCAGCGAGCAGGACAAUGGAUUCUACGGCUUUUCCGCGGCUGAUGGUGCCGAUGUCGACAUGAGCGACGCCGAAAGCAGCGAGGAAUCAGCAAAGCCCAACGGCAAGGCGCAGAAGGAACCAUCGAAGAAGCCCACAAGCGAUGCGGCAGAGUCCAAGUUGGCGGGUCUCAACUCAACCAACUCGCGAGAAGCGCAUGCGAAACAAAAGGCUCUCGCCAGAGAACGAAAAGCCGCGAAGCCGAACGCCGACAUCAUCGAGCGAUCCAAGAAGCUUUGGGAGAAACUGAGGCUGAAGUCGCACGUCGACAAGGAGGAGAGGAAAGGGCUCGUCAAGGAGCUGUUCGAAAUCAUUACCGGCAGGGUCAAGGACUUCGUCUUCAAGCAUGACUCAGUGCGUGUCAUCCAGACGGCGAUCAAGUACUCAACAAUGGAGCAGAGGCGCAUGAUUGCCAGGGAGUUGAAGGGAGAGUUCAAGGUCUUGGCCGAGGGCAAGUACUCCAAGUUCUUGAUUGCCAAGCUGGUGGAGAAGGGUGACCCUGAAAUCCGCGACCUGGUAAUCACCGAGUUCUACAGCCACGUCAAGCGCAUGAUCAACCACCCCGAAGCCGCAUGGAUAGUAGAUGACAUUUACCGAGCUGUAGCCACACCAGAGCAGAAGAACCGUCUUCUCCGGGAAUGGUAUGGGCCUGAGUUCUCAAUCAAGGGUCUAUCUCCCGAGGGUACGGACAGCGCAGAGCUAUCGGCCAUUCUCAAAGAUUCCCCAGACAAGAGGAAGCCCAUCAUGGGCUACCUGGAGAACCAGAUCAACUCCCUCAUCCAGAAGAAGCUCACCGGCUUCACCAUGCUGCACGACGCUAUGUUGCAGUACUUCCUAGUCUGCGAGCCCGGCACUGAACAAGCGAGUGACUUCCUUGAACAUCUCAAGCCGGAUCCAACAACCAAGGAGGGUGAAGAGGCCGAUAACGUGGAUCUCUUGAAGAACCUUGCUUUCACAAAAUCAGGAUCGCGGCUGAUGUCACUUUGCUUCGCAUAUGGAACUGCCAAGGACCGCAAGCUCUUCCUGCGACCGUACAAAGACACAGUCGAGACAAUGGCCUUUGACCAACACGCUCAUCACGUUCUGCUUGCUGCCAUGGCAGUCACUGACGAUACCAAGCUUUCGGCCAAAUCCAUCUUCAGUGAGCUUCUACCAAGCAACGACGCUCUCCCCGAAAAGGUGUUGAACCUUGUCAAUGAUGCUCGUGCACGCACAGUCUUAUUAUAUCCAUUCGUUGGGGAUGCGAAAUGGCUAUUAGACGACAACACACGUGAGCGACUGAAUGAGUUGUACGCCAUCCGUCAGACUACAUCAAAGAAGGACCCCAACAUCCGUCUACAAGAGAUUGCAAAGAACAUUGAACCGCAGCUACUGACCGCAGUCACAGCUCGCGCUGCAGACUUUGCCUCAUUCACAUUCGGCUUGCAGUUUAUGGGUGAGGUCCUCGUUGGAGCUCCAGAGGUGGAGCCAGCGAAGCGCAAAGAGGCAUUGGCAGAGGUCGCCCGCCUCUCCCAAUCGAUAUUGGACUCUGCUCUUCCUGCCUCCGCUGGCGACAACAAGGCUACCAGCCACGGAAAGAACAUGUUGAAGAUGCUGGUGCAAGGUGGCAAAUUCGACCCUGUCACCAAGAAGGUCAUCCCUGUAGAACCUGCACUUGGUUUCGCAGACUUGCUCUGGCCUCAGAUUAAGACCAACAUUGUGGACUGGGCGACUGGCCAGGGAUCUUUUGUGGUGGUUGCCCUGACAGAAGCCGAAGGCUUUGGAAAGAAGGACGAGGUACUCAAGGCGCUGAAGAAGGAGAAGAAGGCACUCGAGGCGGCUGCCAAUCCUCCAGGUGCACAAAAUGGGGAAUCAAAGGGCAAGAAGCAGAAGAAGGGUGAUAAAUCGGACAGCGCUCCUAGAGGAAACGCGGGCGCAAAGAUUUUGCUUGAAAAGUUGUAG